AUGAACGCCGCGACCGGGCAGUGGCACCUCAGGAGGGUCAUCAUCCGCUACAGCGAGACGGGCGGCAGCAGCCUGGGCACACGAUUCUACCUGAGGCAUCUGCUGCCGGUGUGGAAGGAGCGGAACCCGCAGGUCUCCGUCGUGACCGAGCAUUCCAGGAUGGACCACCCGGAGCUCAAGGCCGAGUGGGUGUCGGGCGAGUCGUACGAGAUCUCGCUGCGGAACCUGAAGCCCCGGCAGAUCGAGGACUUGCUUAACCUCCAGCGCAACUCCGAGAGCCCCAACUUGUACUUGCGGCACGGUGGCCCGCGCGUGUGGACGGAGCGCAGGAGCAUCCAGGGCCUCUGGCAGCCCUCCGCGGAGGGCAUGUUCCAGGCCCUGAGGUUCGCCAGGGAGAGGCACUGGGAGCCCGUCGGCUCCCAGGAGCUGAAGUACUCGCAGACGACGCUGAAGCUGACCGAGCAGCACCUGCUGGAGCGGCGCGGGCGCUGGGGCGACCAGGCGGCGCAUCCCAAGGGCUUCGACCGCCAUGUGCUGGAGGGCGUCUUGAACGAGCCGUUCCUGCCCGGCGCGGGCGUGGAGUGA